AUGGCAAUCACUUUGUCACGGGAUUUUCGACACAGUCGUUUUGUUGAUCGUAUCUUCAUGAAGGAAAGCUCCAACUAUGCGGCAGCUCUGUUGGCCGUUAACGAUCGAAUUGUUCGUGGAACAUAUCGUUUUGCAACGGGCCGUCUAAUCAAAAUGCGUCAAAAGGAUCCGCACGAUCCGCUUGUCCAUCUUCUGCUCGCGGUCGGAUUUUUGGGCAUCGCUUUACAAAAGCACGUGGCCUCACGUCAUCCAGCCGUACUCCAAGUAAGACCGUAA